AUGCUUAAAAAUACAAUAGAUUAUCAUCAAUCUUUAAAUCAUCAUCAUCAUCAUCAUCACCAAUCUUUGCAUAAAUCACUAUCCUUAAUAUCAUCAUCAUCAUCAUCAUCAAUACCACGAAUAUCAACAUUGAAUAGUUCUUCGAAAUAUUCAAUAAAAUCUGGUCAUUUACAUAAAUUAUUAAAUAAAUUUAAAGUAAAUCGUAUGAAAGAUAUUUCAUUCUCAUCGAAUAGAUUAACAAAUAAACGUAAAUUAAUUACAAAUUAUACACAUAAAUCAAUUAAACAAAAACGUUUAACUAUAGAUCCAUUACCGAUAUCAUCAUAUAGUUCUUCAUCUAUAUCUAAAUCACCACAAUAUUCAUCAAUAUCAUUCAUAGAUAAUUGUUCAAUUGAAAAUAAUAAUAAUAAUAAUAACGAUUCAACAGUAAUAAAAACUAUCGAUAAACAACAUGGAUUAUUACAUAAAUCUUUACAAAAUCAUAUCAAUCCUAAUUCAUCACCAUGUAAGAUCAUUAUAAAUGAAUAUGAAAAUAAUGAUCAACUAACAAAUGAUCUAGAUCAUUUAAUAAAUCAUCAAAAUUCAUUUAUGAAAUUAUCUAGUAAAGCAUCAGCAUUUUCAAUUGAAUCUAUUAUUUCAAAAAAACAAAAACAAAUUACAAAUUAUAAUGGAAUUAUACAUUAUAAUAUAAUCAAUAAUAAUCAAGAUGAUUCCAUUUCACAUAUUUCUGUAUUAUCAACAAAAUAUAUAAAUGAUCAAAAAAAUAUAAUCAAUUCUGAUCGAUUAGAAAAUCAUUCAUUAUCAUAUUUAUCUAGUUCAAUAUCAAAUGAUUCUUCAAAAAGCCCUCAUCACUCAUUACAAUCAACUGUAAAUCGACAGUCUUAUAUGAAUGAAAACGAGUUUAAGGAAAAAACAGAAACGGAAUCCAAUCUGAAUGAAGAAUUUCAACCAUCUAAUGAAUUGAAUACAACAAUCAAUGACAUUGACAAUGUUACUGAUGAUGACGGUGGGGAAGUAUUAAAUAAUAAUAUUCAUUGUCUUUCAUCUGUAACACCAUUAAAUCUUUCCAUAGACAAUAAACUUACUAAUAGAAAUAAUGAUAACUGUACAUUUGACUUAAUUAAACCCACUGUAAAUUUGUCAUUUCCUUUCCAAUAUUCUGGUUACCAUGAUAAUUGUAAUCCAAUAACCAAUAUGAAUAUGCAUAAAUCUGAAAGUCAUAUAAAUGACAAUUCAAUGAAUACUGGAAUAACAGUAACAACAACAAACUGUAUUUAUAAUAAUGAUAAUAAUAGUAAUUAUUAUCAUAUUAAAGAGAAUGAUGUAAUGAAUAAUCGGAAAACUCAACAAUUUUCCACUCCAUUUCAUAAUUCAAACAAUAAUAAUAAUAAUGAGAAUGAGAAGAAAUCUAAAAUGGAUCAACAAAUUAGUAUUGAAUCAAAUUCAACAGAAUGUAUUCGUAAUGCUACAACAACAACUACUACUAUCACUAAUUCAUCUGGGAAAUCUAGACGAUCAAAAUGUCCAAAAUCAUUGAAAUACACACAACUUAAUUGUUUAAAUCAAUCGAGUAAUAUAUCCAGAUCAGAGGAAUUACAUUUAUCCAAUACUCAUUUUACAACAAAAUGGUCAAGUGAUGAUAAACAACAAAGAAAUCAAAAAAUAAAAAUAUUAGAAAAUGAUAAACUUGCACAAAUUAAAUGUCGUUUAGAAACUAAAGAACUAUGGGAGAAAUUCAAUGAAUUAGGCACUGAAAUGAUCAUUACAAAAUCUGGCCGACGAAUGUUUCCAGUAAUUCGUGCAUCAUUUAGUGGAUUAGAAUCUGAAGCUAAAUAUUUAGUUUUAAUGGAUAUUAUUCCAGUUGAUUGUAAACGAUAUCGUUAUGCAUAUCAUCGAUCAAGUUGGUUGGUAGCUGGUAAAGCAGAUCCAGAAUUACGUUUAAGACAUUAUGUACAUCCAGAUUCACCAUUUACUGGUGAACAAUUAAUGAGACAAACAGUAUCAUUUGAAAAAUUAAAAUUAACCAAUAAUGUAUUAGAUAGACAAGGUUAUAUUAUUUUAAAUUCAAUGCAUAAAUAUCAACCAAGAGUACAUUUAAUUCAAUUGUCCACUAAUCAUAACGAUAAUAAUAAUAAUAAUGAUAAUAAUAAUCAAUUUAUUAUUAAUUCAUUAUUAACAACCUCAUUACCUAAAUCAUUAGAUAUACUCCCAACUGAUAAUAUUAAAACAUUCACAUUUCCAGAAACUAUUUUCAUUGCUGUUACUGCUUAUCAAAAUCAAUUAAUAACGAAAUUGAAAAUUGACUGUAAUCCAUUUGCUAAAGGAUUUCGUGAUUCAUCUCGCCUUACAGAAUUUGAAAGAGAAUCUAUGGAAACAUUACUAGCACAACAGGCUGUAACAGGUUCAAUGGUUACUGGUAUACCACAUCUAUUUAGUUUACAACCAUCAACAACAUCAACACAAAUAGUUCAUGGAAAUGGGAAUCAUUCAUGUAAACAAAUGUCUAAAAAAGACUUUUUACAUGAUAUUGAUCAAUAUAAAUCAAUAAAUAAUGAUUCUAAUUUAUGUAAAAUAUCAACUGGAUCAUUAUUUACAUCUAAAAUAACACCACCACCACCACCACAACCACCACCACCAACAACUAAACCAUCAAUAUUACCAAUACCAACAAUAUCCAAUAUAAUUACUUCAUCAAUACAACAUACUUCUAAAUCAAUAACUUCACAUUAUACUAAUCAAGGAACUCAAUUAAUUAAUACAGUCAAUAAUGAACAAGAUCAUAAAAAUCAAUCAUUUCAAUCAAAUUUAGAUAUAACUAAACAAAAUAUUCUUUCAUCACAAUAUAAUGAUAAACAAUUCAUUGAUUCAAAUAAAUUAUUAUUAUGGCGCCAAAAAUUUAUUGAAAAUACUUUUACAGCAUAUUUUAAUCAAAUUUUAUCUGAAUAUAAUAAUAAUAAUAAUCAAUUAGAUCAUCAAAAUAUAGAAUAUUUGAAACCAUCUAUAUCUAGAUCAAAUUCAUUUUUAAUACAACCAUCUUCAUCGUUACCAUCCUCCUCCUCCUCCGCAUCAUCAUCAUCAUCAAGUACAUCAUCACAAUUAUCAUUAUUCUUACAUAAUCUUUAUCCAUUAAUCAAUAAUAAAUUAAAUAAUGAUAUAAAACUAAACCAAGCACAUUCUAAUUUAAAUGUUCCGCAAGAUACUUUUAAUGUAUCAAUAAUCAAUGAAGAUAAUAAUAAUAAUAAUAAUAAUAAUAAUAAUAAUGGAAAUGAUCAAUAUUCAAUCAAUAAUCCAUUAAUUAAUCAAUUCACAAAUGAUUCUCCAAUUUUAUUACAAUCGUAUCAACAGUUUUUAAAAAGUGCUUUACAUUUAAAUGGAUCAUUAUUUGAUCCAUUUAAUAAUUAUAAGAAACAAUGUAAUUUGAUAAAACCAAUUGACGGUGACAAUUGUACUGCUGUUAUUAAUAAUAAUAAUAGUACUGAUAAUAAUAAUAAUAAUAAUAAUAAUAAUAAUAAUAAUGGUAAUGGUAACGGUAAUGAUAUCGAUAAUAGUAAUAGUAAAGAAUUAAUGUCACAAUCAACAUUAUUGACAAGCGAUUGGACAAAAUGGACAAGUUUCAAUUUAUUAAAUACAUUAAAUGAAAUAUGGAAAUCACAAUGGGCUACAAUGAAAUUAGACGAGUCUAAUAUAAAUGAAAAUAAUCAAAUUAAUAAACAAGAUAUAAAUGAAUUCAUUAAACAUAAUAAUGAUUGUAUUACUUCUAAUGAUACCAUGGAUACUACUGAUUAUCAACAAAUAAGUAUAAUAGAAAAUUUAAAAAAAUUUAAAUUAAUAAAUUCGAAUAAUUGGAUUCAUAAAGAUCAUUCACCUAUAAAUAAUAAUCUAUGUAAUUCUAAUGAAACAGAGGAAAUCAUUAAAACAUUAACAGAUUCAAUAACAUCUAUUACGUAA